AUGUCAUUUGCUGUAUUACGUCGCCUUGCUAUCACAUAUCGUACAACAUCAUCGAUUCAUUAUCGACGUACUUUUGUCACUUCUUCACCUCUUCUUGAUGAAACGAACACUACCAGUAGUAGUAGUACAAUUAAUUCAAGUGAUUCACCACGUACAGUAACUCUUAUUCCAGGCGAUGGUAUUGGCCCGGAAAUUUCAAAUAGUGUUCAAAAAAUAUUUGAUGCUGCAGAUGCACCAAUAAAUUGGGAAUCAGUCGAUGUAACACCUGUCAAAUCAGCUGAUGGAAAAUUUCGUAUUCCUCUUCGAGCUAUUGAAUCAGUGACAAAAAAUCGAAUUGGUCUUAAAGGACCAUUAGCAACACCGGUUGGCAAAGGACAUCAAUCUCUUAAUCUUGCUUUACGCAAACAAUUUAAUCUAUUUGCUAAUGUACGACCAUGUUAUCAAACACCUUAUACAAAUGUUGAUCUUGUUACAAUACGUGAAAAUACCGAAGGUGAAUAUUCAGGUAUUGAACAUACAAUUGUACCAGGUGUUGUACAAAGUAUUAAACUUAUAACUGAACAUGCAUCAUUACGUGUAUGUGAAUAUGCAUUUCUUUAUGCUAAACAGCAUAAACGAGAAAAAGUUACUGUUGUUCAUAAAGCAAAUAUUAUGCGUCUAUCUGAUGGUUUAUUUUUAAGAAGUGCACGUCAAGUAGCUGAAAAAUAUCCAGAAGUUAAAUUUGAAGAAAUGUAUCUUGAUACAGUUUGUUUAAAAAUGGUUCAAGAUCCAACACAAUUCGAUUGCCUUGUUAUGCCAAAUUUAUAUGGUGAUAUAUUAAGUGAUCUAUGUGCUGGUCUUAUUGGUGGUUUAGGUUUAACACCAAGUGGUAAUAUUGGUGAAAAUGGUGCAGCAAUUUUUGAAGCUGUUCAUGGUACAGCACCUGAUAUUGCUGGACAAGAUAAAGCUAAUCCAACAGCAUUACUUUUAAGUGCAGUUAUGAUGUUACGACAUUUACAUAUGUAUGAUAAAGCAGAACGAAUUGAAAAAGCUUGUUUUGAAACAAUAAAAGAUGGAAAGGUGCUCACUGGUGAUUUAGGUGGUAAAUCAAAAUGUUCUGAAUAUACAUCUGAAAUUUGUAGACGCAUUAAAGAUUCAUCCUGA